AUGGCCAACUCAUGGCACGCUUAUUUUGACAGAACCGACGCGGAAGAUUGGAAUAUUUUGCAAUUUCAUAUAGAGUGGAUCCAGGAUAACGAAAGGAAUCCAGUAAACCUGGCUUACGAUAAGUCUUCGGACAAACUCGCGAAAAGUCUCCGUACGAUU